ACGUCGUUUUGAAAGUAGAGCCCACUACUCUCUUUGCUAUGGUUCUCUCUAGUCUAGUCUAGUAAACCUGCUACUACCCAAAUAAAUAAGUAAAAUCCCGCUUUCUGGCCCUUGAAAUUUCCUCCCUCCCACCUUCUCUCUGUCUCUGUCUCUCUCUCUCUCUCUAUCUCUCUCCAUCUGUCUCUGUGCAGUGCUCUCUUUUGCUUCUCUCUUUCUCUCUCUUAUUUGCAAAGGGAAAACAAGGGCUUUUCUUCUAUGGCGGAGUUUCCCCCAAAUCCAGAUGACGGUGAACUAUGGCUUCCGUCUGAUAUUUUCCUCAACGAAAUGCCAUCCAGGCUUGGUCCACACCGUUUCCCUUGCAUGGACGACCUCGCUCAACAGUUUGCAGCUCUCGCUUUGUUCAAACAACGCCGAAGCCUUUCAAAGCUUCAGCCCAAAGUAUCCCCCAAUGCACAGCGGUUUAGACCCCCGGUUCAGUACGGUCAGGGAAACCCUCUGUCACAUGGGCGUUCCAGUCUUAGACCUCUCAGAAAUGGAGGACUUGAAGAUCGUCGUGGCGUUAACGGGUUUGAAACGGAGCCGUAUUUGGGUGGUUCUGAACUGUUUUACGGAUACCAGUUACUGAAACCGACUAAACCUCAGGUUGAUAGCUUUCUGCAAGCUAGAGCUACGGUUUUUCAAAGGCAACAAAACCGCAUUCAGAACCGCCUUUUGCCGAAUAAGGGAAGUGGGCCAGGGAUUGGCGGUUUUGUGAAGGUUUCUGGAGGCACAGGUGUUUUUCAUCCACGGGUUUCAAAUACCACCAUUCCCACCAUUGAUGUCAAAAAGAAACAGGGGCUAAGAAAUAGGCAAGGGAUUCAAAUGACUUCGCAGGGGAGCUUUGUCAAAAGGGUUGGUGGGCACAAGGAUGAAUUUCAAUACCAGCUUCCUCCUGAGAUGGGAUUGCCUCAAGAUUGGACGUAUUGAGCUAUUAGCUCCUUAGAAACUCUUCUAUGCUGCUGUAUAAAAGUGGUCUUUGUUUAAUGAAAGACAAUAAAAUAAGAGGGUCAGGAGAAGAAUAGAAGAAGUUUCAAUCAAUCUUUUGGUUUUUGUGCAUUGCAAUUAAAGAAAUAGAAAUAUCAAAGAACGUAGGCUUUUGUUUUUUGGUUUGUGAAUUUAAGCUAAGCUUUGUAGAACAGUAGAAACAUAUAUAAAUAAAAAUGUUCUUAGCUACACGUUUGAAAGUGAA